AGUCGUUAAAAAUCGUGAAAAUCGAGUCAUUUUGUUAGUUUUCCCCAUGAAGACGGAGAGGAGAGUAACAAUAUUACUGAUUCAUUAUAGUUCGGGUUUGGAAUGCCUAUACAACAUGGCAAAGUCGUUGCGAGGACUGGCAAGUUUUGUCUUUAUGGUAAUGUCAGUGGGACUAGUCCACGCUGAACAUGGUGAGUGCGAGGAUUUCAAGGACUACUUUUCGACACUGGUCUCACCAGACUAUCCCGACCCCUACCCACCGGCUACCCGACGGCAAUGGUAUAUGGAGAUCCCCGAAGGUGUGCAGGCCCUCAUUCGCGUAAACGCCCUCGAAAUAGAAAGAACAUGGGAUUACCUGACUCUUGAACACACCCACCAGACUGCACACGGCACUAAUGUUACUCGCUUCCCAUUGGUCAGUGGUAAUGUGACGUCAAUAUUGCUCCGGAGGGAAAUGUGA